AUGUACACGGUGAACAUGCAGUACAUCAAGCCAGUGACCGCUUUAGCCGGCAAUCCCAGCUGGGCGCUGAUGCUCCAUCCCGGAGGCUUAAAGUGCGAUCUCUUCAUCACGCAUGGCUGGGCCGAGGGCGUCUUUGAGUUCGUGGACCAGAUCAUCAACUCUUGGCCUUUCGGAGCAAGAGCCGCGUACGUCUGCUUUCUUUCCAACCCGCAGAACCUCGACAUUGGCGAGAUGAUCCAAAGCCCAGAAGAGUCGCCGUUCGCCAAGGCACUGCAGUCGGCAUCGCAGGUGCUGGCGUCCCCAAACCACAAGCACAGCAUCUACACUCGGGCUUGGUGUACCUUCGAGGCCUAUCUGGCGUACACCUGGGGUAAGUCCAUCUAUACUGCCACGUCCCCGCCACCGAACUUCUGGCCACGUUCCCUGCGGGUUGCAAGUUGGUCCCUAGUGACGCUGGGCGUUUUCUUCUGUGUGUUGAUGCACGGAAACAGAAAAUGGGCCUUGUGGAGUCCGGAGCAGAUCGCCUUUGUCGCCUAUGCUUUCGGAGUGGUCACGGCGAUGAGUGCCCUGUGUUUUGCUUGCUUGAUGUCGACGGGAAGACAUCACUGGCAGGUCACCGCAGUGGCAGUCUAUGCCUGCAGUGUGUGUGCUGCAGGCUACCUGGCAACGAACAUCUUCCAGACGUCUUUCCGGAGGCCAUCUUACUUCGUGCCUUUCUUCAUGGCUCCGUUCUGUUUCUGGGCCGUGGAGUGCGAUCGUCUGCUUGGCAUCGAAGCUGCGAAACAAGCCAGGCAGCUGAGACAGGGCUUCACUGGGAAGAUUCGAGAUGCCACCACAACGAACCCACUCGAUGGUUUGCGGAUACGCAGCCUUAUCGAGCAAAGCGGCUCCGAAAAGGCUGUGGACGAGGCCGUGCGGGUGCUUCUGCGCAUGAACCUGUCGACUCCAGAGUUGCGAAAGGCCACGUCACAUGCCGGGGCUUUGGGAAACGCCUCCAACUGGAGCCGCAGCAUCUUCGCUACAUGUCUUACCUUCUAUGUGGCGCAGGCCUUCAACACGGCUCUGUGGAGGACCGAGCGAGGUUUUCAAUGGAUCCCGCCUGUUGCUGCAGCUGAAGCUCUCAUCGUCUUUUUUGGCUUCCAACUGCUGCCCCGAGACCGGCGGCCUUUUGCAGAGAGAACUCAAAUGCUUCUGCUGCUUUUCAUUUCAGGAUUUCUUGGACUCAUCGGUGGCAAAUGGUACGAUGCCAUCUUGCAUGGAAUCGCCUGCCCUUUGAUCAUGCUCGUGGCCUUUGCCGGGCCGGCACGCACCUCGCGUCUAUCGGUGCUGGGCCGCAUGCUGGUUCGCUUGCUCUUUGCCCGGAAUCCUCUCGGUUCCGCGGUUGAUGAGCAGCAGUCGGAGAGUCAGGAAGAGCGGGCACCUGCACCAGAAGAAGACUAUGUCUCUGUUUGA